AUGUCUCCAAGAGAAUCCAUGUCUCCCCUCAACGAUCCAGCAUCCGACAGCACUACCUUACAUCUACCACGCCCACUCUGCUUCCACGGAGGAGGUGCCAACUCGAAGAUCUUCGAGGUGCAAUGCCGUUGCCUUGAGAAAGCACUCCGCGAUACCUUCCGCCUCGUCUACGUAGAGGCACCUUACAUAUCCUACCCUGGGCCGGAUGUCGUCCAAGUCUACAAACACAUGUCGCCUUUCAAGGGCUGGCUGAGAUGGCGUCACGAGGACGAGCUUCGGAGUGCACCAGCCGCUGUAGAGCGCAUCAAUGCUGCGAUCAAGCUCGCAAUCGACGAGGACGACAAGGCAGGAGCCUCUGGAGACUUCGUUGGAGUGCUGGGCUUUAGUCAAGGUGCGAAACUGGCUGCGAGUCUGCUAUACACCCAACAGCAGCUUGAAGAGGUCAUGCAUGAGCGAAGUGGAUGGCCGCCGUUUCGAUUUGGCAUACUGCUUGCUGGGAGGACACCAAUGGUCUGGCUCAACGCGGACUACGAUAUGCCGAUUGGUAUAGUCGAUGCUGCAGCCGUAUCGACAGCACCUACCGACCACUUGCCACCGAUGCUGGAUAAUCAGAAACUGAGCGUUCCGACGCUACACGUCCAUGGAAUUCAAGAUCCAGGCCUGCCUCUUCAUCAAAAGUUUCUCCACAACUGUUGCGAUCCGUCUAGCACGACGCUGCUGGAGUGGGAUGGCAAGCACAGAAUACCGUUCAGACAUGCGGAUAUCGAUCGAUUGGUGCAGGGCAUCUUGAAUUUGGCGAGGGAAACUUGUUCGAUAUGA